GUGCUUUGCCUGGCGGCUUUGUAUUUCACUUGGCCGACCGCAUCCUUGAGUCCCCGUCGCGAAGAGCGCUUGCGUUCCCCGGUGGAGCUGCAGCGGAGCUUUCCGCUGCCCUUUCCGCUGAAGCUCUUCGUGAACACCUCCCGGGCUGAGGCCGCUGCGAUUCUGCACGGCCAGGAUGAUCGAUUGCUGGUCAUUGUGGGUCCAUGCUCAAUUCACGAUCCCAAAGCAGCGAGGGACUACGCGCAUCGCUUGCAGGUCCUUCGGGAAGAGAUGAAGGACGAUUUGCUGAUUUUCAUGAGGACCUACCUGGAGAAGCCCCGCACCGCCGUGGGUUGGCGCGGCCUCAUCUCCGACCCGACCUUGAGCGGCGCCGAGGACGUGCCCAGGGGCCUGGCCCUGGGCCGUCGGGUGCUGCUGGACGUCCUGGCCGCAGGGCUUCCGACGGCCGUGGAGUUCCUGGAUCCACUGGUGGCGACCUACAUCGAAGACGUGGUGAGUUACGGUAGCAUCGGCGCGCGCACCGUGGAGAGCCCCGUGCAUCGGCAGCUGGCGGCGGCGAUGAAGAUGCCAAUGGGCUUCAAGAACGGCCGCAGCGGUGACCUGCAAAGUGCGGUGAACGCUGCCGUGGCGGCCUCCCUGCCGCAGAAGCGCUUGAGCACCGAUGCAAGGGGACACGUGCAGCUGGAGAAGGCCCCUGGAAACCCUGACGUCCACAUUAUCCUCAGAGGCAGUGAAAGUGGACCAAACUAUGGAUGCUUGGAACGCGGUUCGUGCGGAGCUAUGCGGAGCUAUUCGGAGCUGCGGGGUGUGAAAAAAAUAUGA